AUGCUUUCAGUCGCUCCGGUUCCUUUGGAAACCUCGGCAACCUUUCAGCUAACGCCUUCGGGGGGCUAGGAAACCCCGCCCUCGGUUCUAACAGUGUGUUUGGACCUAAAGACGGCCCAGCGCUGCCCGGAUUCAGCAGUCCGACCCAGGACUCGUGGAACCGGCUGCACAGAACGCCGCCCUCCUUCCCUCAGUGGCCCAAAGUGAGUGACGGAGAGAGAAGCAGCUCGGCUAACAGCCACGAACGGGAGAAAGAGAGGGAGAGAGAGAAAGAGAGAGAGAGGGAGAAACGGGACUCGUCUAUCGGGAAGGACGAGAAAGAGAAAGACAGUCGCCACUCGAAUCGUUCCUCUCCUGCCUCCGCUCCUGUCAGUUAUCAGAUCAGCAACCUGAUUCGCUGCAGCAGCGGUGGAGGAAGUGACGCAGGCCGUAACCAUGGUGACCGUCCCCGCGGCGACCCCGAGAGGGAGGCGGUGGUGUUGUCCGAUGCGAGAGCGAAGGAUCGGAGUCGUUCGCCGACGAAGGAGUGCAGCGAACGCAGUGCCUCGUCUUCCUCCGUCGACUCCUGCAAGCCCAUCCUCCGCUCGCCAUCUCCGUUCUCCAAGAACAAAAACGAGCCGGUGGGAAUCCCGAUGUCCGACAGGAAGCUGUCCUCACCGGGGGCGCCGAUACACAAGCUCAAAAACGACACGACGAAGAUCAAAGAGGAGCGCAAAGAACAGGAACAGGAACAGGAAGUGCUCGUGCUGGGAUCCGAGCCUCCCCCACCUCAAAAUCCGAAUCAAAACCAGGCUCCGCCUCUUCCUCCUCAUCACCAGGCUCCGCCCCCAACAAUCCCGCACUCUCUGCCGUUCAUGCACCAGAUGGGUGGGUUGAAUGUGCUCGACCGCGCUCGUCUGGCUCCAUUUGUGGGCGUCGGCCAUUUUGCGGCGACUGCGAAUCGCGACCGUUUUCCUCAUCCCGCCUUCUCAUGGGACCCUCUUCGCGAGGCGUAUCGGAAUCUGGACCUCCAGCGGAGAAUGGACUUCCAAAUCCGGUCCGAGACAGGGAACCGGUUCCCGGGGAUCUACGAGGCGGAUCGAAACUACCGGGACCGGGAACCGCACGAGUACUCGCACCAAGAUCACUUGAUCGAAGUGCGCAGGGAGCAGGAGAGGAUCCGGCAGCAGGCGGAAGAACGAGAGCGACUGCACUUGCGUGACGAAUUGGAACGCGCCCGACUUCACCAACUCCAUCAGUCUCCGAUGGAGGGGCACUUACCUCACAUGCCCCCUUUUUUGCCUCAUCUAGGGGCGAUGCCGUACCGGCCUCCCCCGACGGCGGCGCUCAGCGCCCCCCCGCCACUCGUCCCCUCGGCCCGUCCCAAUUCUCCGAGACGGACUACGCAAGACACGAGGGAAUUUUCCCCAUCGCGUAAUCCUAAAGAGGUGGAGGCGCGAUAACGCGGCGGAAAGACUUCGCUUGACUUGCACUUAUUAUGUAUCAUUUGUACAAAAGAAAGAAUUUGUACCUCGGAUUAAAAAGCACAUGCUUGUAUUUUAUAUCGACGUGGACGAGGGCGAGGACGCGAAGCGGGGACGAGUCACGAGGAGUUUGAUAUUAACGUUAAUAUAUUAAUCCAACGGCCUUUUUAUUUUAUUUUCCCCGCGUGAUAAAGUGAAGAUGAGUUUGUACUUCUUUUCCUAUUUGCUUUUUGCGUGUACAGACCCUGUUCUUUUUUACCGAUUAGUUUGGGAUCCGGCGUGGGAUCCGGCGCCGCCCCGCAUUUAACCCCACUCGGCUGUUGGACAUGUUGUCGAUGUUCACCGAAGGAGCCGGACGGACGUUCCUGUGGGAGAACAGUCUUAACCCUUUGUGCUCUGACGGUACCUGAGGAUAGCUCUGAGCGUGUACGAUGUUACAUAAUCAGUUCUCUCUGUUUUUGCCUGUUUUUGCUUUGCAGACGAAUACGUAUUACGAAUAUUCCCGUUCGGUUUCUGUAAGUUAUUGUACAUACCUUGUUGAUAUUACCUUGAAACAAAAGUUGGCAUUGUAAAUUUAUUAGACUUUUUAAAUGUUUCUAGAAAAAAAAAGGCUGCGGUCAAAAUCCAUGGAAACAAAUCUGUCCAAUCAGAGGGCAGAGAGGCGUGGUCGUGGGGGCGAGCUGCCAUCUAUGCAAAGAGGAACCGGAAGGCUCUGAUUGGACGAUUUCCCAAACAGAGUAUUAAAAUACGGUCUUUAGGAGGAAGACGAGGACGUUGGAGGAUAAGCGGCGCGUGUUCUCUCCGACGAAGAGCCAAACGAAACAAACCUACAAACCUUCUCGGUCGAACUUUACAAACUUUUACAGACGGACGUUUGUGGCCGGAGCGGGCGAGCGAGCGGACGAGCGCUGAGCUGAUGGACUGUCUCUGUCGACCUUGUGGUGUUGUGCAGUUGUUCUUUUCUUAGAAUCUUGUAUACAGAACAAGUAGAGUUUUAGGCGUGAAAAUAAAAAAAUUGAACAUUCAUGGUUUAAAAAUGUACGGAAUAAAGGUUGGACCUUAUAUCUGCA